UCUCUCUUUCUCUCACUACAAUUCACCGAAUCAGUCCACUUUUUCUCUCCCACUCUCUCAAUCUCAAAAGCGACAAACCCAAAUACCAGAAGUACAACAAUGGCUGACAAACCAAGCCGAGCUCUUGUAUUGUACGGAGAUGGCUUGGCUCGUCUCAUCAAUUCAUCACAUACCCAUCUCCACUCUCUUUCCUCCAUAGCUUCCUGUGGUUUCUUGAGCCUCCCUAAUGCUCCUGCUUCAGAAAGCGAGGAUGAGAGAAUAGUUAGGGAGUUUGCAAUAUUGGUGGAUGCAUAUGAAGCUCAUCUCGAUUUGAAUGGGGAUAUUAGUACAGAUGAAUGUCAGCAAAAGCCCUUGAUUCCAACCAUAUCAGAGAGGUUCAUGGGAAUGAAAGCUGCCUUAAUCACUAGUAAUUCUAGUUUGGAAUCUUUUGCUUCUAAACUUGGCUUCACAGUGUUGCAUUUGAAGGAGUUUGGUAACAACAAUCACCCUAAGCUGCUAAAAUUGCUUGGAUUUCAAGAAGGAAAGAUGGUCGAUACGAGUGAGUUUGAUAUAGUUUUCGUGCAUAUUGGUGCUGGUGACAAGGACAAGGCAGCUGCCAGCGAUUUGGAGUUCAUCAAUUCCUUGGUUGGAGGCAUAAUGAAUGUAGCUCAAACUGGAUCCGAAAUUGGUUCCCGGCUGCAUUUUUCUGUUGUGUUGAGCUAUGGGAGUGUCUCGGAAGAUGAUUCUUCGAAGUUGUCAAUUUCGGUUAAGAAAAAUGAGGAAAAUUCUGGUCUUUCAGUGCUAUUUCCUCGUCAAAGUUACACCAUGAAAGGCGAAAAUCUACGGAAUGAUGUUAGGCACCAUUCUCCUAUGCUUAUGGCUCAAUGGCAAUAUGCUGUGACUCGCAAGGAUAUGGCUGAGACAUUUUCUUUUAAAGAUUUCAAGGAGAACGGCGGAAAUCUCGUAAUACCAGCAGAUAGGUUUCUGCAUGAGGUAGCCUUCAAGCUCUGGAAAGCUCCCAAGUAUGGAGCAUAAGGUUUUGAAAAGUCCACUCAUACCAUGGCAAAGGCAAUGGAAAAAAAAAAAAAAAAGCUUGAGUGAUGGAACUCUCAUGUGUUAUCUAUAGUGAUUUUCAAUCUUGUUUUUGGCUGAAUCAAACAUUGCUUCAUAUAAUAAAAGUAUUCCUUGAUUAAGGUGGCUAAAUAA